CGGAGUCCAAUUCAGGACAUAGAAGAGCGGUUCUGCUUGCGAAGACGCUGAGAUCCCUCUGCUGUUGACGGAAUUCAGCUUACUCCGGUAGCCUCCUAUGGCUAUCGAGCUCAGUUCACGGCUUCUCCUUCUUCCGAUCUUCGUGCUGACUCUGCUGGCCAGUCAAUCCGAGUCAGCGCGGCAGCCGUUCAGGAGAGAUCCCGGCCACCCCCAGUGGCACCACAAUGCUUUUCACGACGUCCGGGAUAGCGUCCGAUCCGACGUCCGUCGGAUGCUCCACUCUCGCGCCGAGGUCCCAUUUCAGGUGCCUCUUGAAGUCAACGUAGUCCUCAUUGGAUUCGAUGGUGAUGGAGGAUAUAGGUACAAAGUUGACGUGCAUAAAUUCGAAGAGUUUCUGAGAGUUGGCUUCCCUUCUCACCGGCCUUCUUGUUUGGAGACAGGCGAACCUAUUGAUAUCGAGCACCACAUUGUCUACAAUGCCUAUCAUGCUGCCCAACCAGAACUGAUUGCACUUGAGAAGGCAAUGAAAGAAGCUUUGGCUCCUGCUGGUACUGCUAGAGAGAGUGACUUUGGGAGGGCGGUGCCUCUGUUUGAGGUAGAUGCAACAGCUGUGGAGCCUGUAUUUGACAAGCUGUAUUCCUACAUAUUUGACAUUGAAGAUGGUGGAUAUUCUGCUCCCGAGAUGGAUAGACCAGUGCCAAAUGUGAUAUUCAUUGUUAACUUUGAUAAAGUCAGGAUGGAUCCUAGAAAUAAGGAAAUCAACCUUGAUGAUUUCAUGUAUGGGAAGCUAAGUCAAUUGACUGAAGAUGAUAUGAAGAAACAAGAGGGAGAUUAUGUCUAUCGCUACAGAUAUAAUGGAGGUGGAGCAACUCAGGUGUGGUUGGCGUCUAGCAGGUUUGUUGUGGUUGAUCUCUCAGCUGGCCCUUGUACAUAUGGAAAAAUUGAAACUGAAGAGGGAAGUGUCAGUUCUAGAACACUUCCUCGCUUGAGAAAUAUAAUGUUCCCUAGAGGUUUCUCUGUGGCUAGUGAUCAGUCGUCUCAUGAUAUAUUUAUUGGACAACUCGCAAGUCUGUUAUCAACGACAGUUGAGCAUGUUAUAGCUCCAGACGUAAGGUUUGAAACUGUCGAUUUGGCAUCGAGGUUGCUUAUACCAAUCAUUAUUCUUCAAAAUCAUAAUCGGUAUAAUAUUAUGGAGAAAGGCCACAACUACAGCAUCGACAUUGCUGCGAUUGAGGCUGAGGUGAAGAAGAUGGUCCAUGAUGGCCAAGAAGUUGUAAUUGUUGGGGGUUCUCAUGCAUUACAUCACCAUGAGAAACUUGCUAUCGCUGUUUCAAAAGCAAUGCGUGGCCAUUCCCUGCAAGAGACCAAAAAGGAUGGUCGUUUUCAUGUUCAUACAAAAACUUAUCUAGAUGGGGCCAUCCUCAAAGAAGAGAUGGAACGAUCAGCAGAUGUGCUUGCUGCAGGUUUACUGGAGGUUGCUGAUCCAUCUCUUUCUAAUAAAUUCUUCCUCCGUCAGAAUUGGAUGGAUGAGUCAGACGAGUCAACUGAUUCCAUACUGAAGCAUAAACCUAUUUGGGCUACCUAUGAUCCCAAAGUUGGCAAGGAUAAAAAAAAGAGAAAAAAGAACCAGGGGGAUCUGUAUCGAACUUAUGGGACCAGAGUGAUUCCUGUCUUUGUGCUUUCGCUGGCUGAUGUGGAUUCUGAGCUUAUGAUGGAAGAUGAGAGUCUCGUAUGGACAAGUAACGAUGUUGUCAUUGUUCUUCAGCAUCCAAAUGAAAAGAUACCACUCAGCUAUGUUUCGGAAACUCAGAGAAGGCAUGCUCUUCCUUAUCAGGCUCAACGGCACAUAUUGGCGGGCUUGGCAUCUGCUGUGGGUGGCCUUACUGCUCCAUAUGAGAAAGCCUCUCAUGUUCAUGAAAGGGCAGUGGCAAAUUGGCUCUGGGCAGCAGGUUGCCACCCAUUUGGACCAUUCUCUAAUACUUCUCAGAUCAGUCAAAUGCUCAAGGAUGUGGCAUUGAGGAACACAAUAUAUGCACGUGUAGAUUCUGCACUUCACAAAGUCCGGGAUACAUCAGAGGCUGUCCAAGCUUUUGCAUCAGAACAUCUGAAGACCCCACUUGGAGAACCGGUCAAGGGCAAAAAGAACAAAACGAGCACAGAGCUAUGGCUGGAGAAAUUCUACAAGAAGACUACUAACUUGCCCGAGCCCUUCCCACAUGAGUUGGUGGAUCGAUUGGAGAAGUACUUGGAUAGCCUCGAAGAACAGUUAGUAGAUUUGUCUUCCUUGUUAUACGAUCAUCGGUUACAAGAAGCACAUUUGAAUAGUUCAGAGAUUCUGCAGACCACCAUAUUUACACAGCAAUAUGUGGAUCGUGUAUUGGCCCGUGAGAGGGAGAAGAUGAAAUGCUGCAGCAUAGAGUACAAGUAUCCUGUUCAGAGCUCUCAGACGUACAUUUAUGGGGGAAUUCUGGUUGCUGGCUUUAUAGUAUAUUUCGUGGUCAUAUUCUUCUCCUCUCCUGUUCGUUAAUGAACAAAGAUCCUGAAGCUGGUACGGAAUCACGUCUCUCACCCCCAGGGCUUUUUCCGAAACUCCUCCUUGGAAGACGUACAGAUGAUAUUGUAACCGUUAGAAAAGUAUCUUUUUGACAGGACACAGUUGCGCUGCUUCUCUAGCAACUUGGGAGUGGCCUUCUCACAAUCUCGCCUUAGGAUCUCGUUUUUCUUUAGAUGCAGAACAAUAGUUCUCCUCUUACGAUUACAGGACUGUACCGUGUUCGAGAGUUAUCAUGAUUUUGUAUCCAAAGAGAGCUGAACUGAAAAUGUUUGGUAGUGGACAAGGCAGACGUCUUCUUUUGUAGGUUAAUCAGCAGGCAGAUCUCAAAAUGAGAUGAUUUUUGGAGAUGGAUUUUACCUUCUCUUUCGGAUUGUGCUUUUCCUUAGUAAGUUUAUAUGAAAAGAAAAUUAUUUCUGGCAAAAA